AUGGAGCACCCCGUGAAUACAGCAAAUCGACGAAUCCUCGAUCUUCCAGCCAAACCGGAAGCAGGUCUAGCGGAAUGGACAAGCAAGAUCAAGGCAAUGCAGCGCCAGGUGGACGCGGAUGAGGAGGCGGAACACAAGCGGCUUGAGGAGGAAAUCGCUGCCUCUCGCCUUGCGCGUUUGCGAAGGAGCACCGGGUACGGCCAGGCGAGCACUCUCGACUUGUCCACUCGUAGUGAGUAUGCCCAUGCGCUGAAUGCAGACGAUAGUACGCCACAGCAGUCCGCGGACGCUGCGGUAUGGACACCCAGCAGGCAGGGAAACCAGGACGAUGCGUUGCGCAAGUUGAUGGGAGAGAGUCGCGAUGCAAAGCCGCGAUUUUCCGUCUCGUUGCCUCCGACAACGAGUGCGCCGAUAUCGCUGGCUGCAUUUAUCGGCGGACGUGCGACCGGCCCUCGGCUCACCCGUCAUGCACCUCAGCAGGACGGGAGCAAUCCGACACAGUUUGAGCAGCACAGACACAUCACUGCGCCUCACCCCGUGUUUGGUCGGGGUGGCGUCGCCGUGCCAGGCAUGGUAGGCAGAGGGAAGAUGUCUGCGUCCCCUGUUGGUACUACAGAGGAAAGCGACCGAGAUAAACUGUCUGCCGUGUCGAAUCAAACCUCCAACCGAGAUCGUAGGAUUAGCACGCCAUCUAUAGUCAAGGCUUAUGCGGAAAGAGCGCCAGGUCAAGCAAUGGUUUCGCAGGGGACUAUUGUUUCGCAGCCCCCGCGGCAGCGCACGAUCAGUACGCCGACAGGGUCUCCCGUUGUUAACACUCCACCAACUCGGCUCGCCGAUGUUCACAAGUUCGCCCACCCAACAUCUCGCUCACCUGCCCCCCGUUCUACAACACCUCACGAGCAGCGCAGAUCCAUCACACAUACUCCACCACCUGGAUCUACAUCUGCUACUAUGCGUUCGUCCUCCUCCGUACAGAGCUCUCCUCCCGCAAUGGUAUCACCUUCGUCCUCUCCGAAGCCGCCUAUCACCGUCCCCUCACUUGCUCGCCCCAUUCAGCCCACACCAAGACUUUCCUUAGGUCCACAGAUUCCUGCAUCAGCUAAUCCCUCCCCGGCAUUUUUGCGCACACCUCCACCUAAGGAACCCACACCGAGUAUCAGUAAACUACAGGGCCGCGGGUUUGUGCAGAGCAUGGUGAAGGCGAGCACUGAACUUGAGAAGAGUUCCCCAUGCACUCCUUCCACGCCGAUGACCGAACGGAAGGACUCAGGGGGGAAGAAAUCGACGCCCGUACUUGAUCGCUGGCAGUUUACUGCCAGUGGGAGUGUCUCAUCAUCUCUACCCAACAUCUCUCCCAAACCCCCACCUCUGCAUAAAGCGUGCACCGUUGAUCCGUCUUCGAUGCCUCUUCAUACCUCUCCUCCACCACCAAUGACCACAAAGUCCGAUUAUACGGGCAAGUCUGUGAAGUCAAUGGCGUCGCUGCCCUCCAUGUCCACACAGGAGACAGAGAGGCGAUCCUCGGCCAAGGCCGCUAGUGAUGUCGGAGUGAAUGGCAGUUCACGUCCCCGCGGACUUGGAUCCUCGAGUACCAUGAUUGCAUAUGUCAAACCUACGAAGACCAGCAAUCAGCCCGCCGUGACAACGUCCCCUCCGUCUGUCAAUCGCAAUGAUGCGUCACCGGGGGUGGAUGAGCUGGGUAUGCGUGUGGGGAAGAGUAAUGGGCGUGUGCGGGAGGAAGUCGGGAGGCAGUCCGGUGGACUUCCUCCAUCGUCGGGGAAGCCUUUAAGCCAUCUCACGAAAGAUCGAGCUAAGAAGCCGCGGAAGGUGAACGCAGCAUUAGCUGGAGAUAAACCACAUACUGCGGCAGUUAUCUCGACGAGGGCGAAUGACGCACUUCUCUCACAGAGUGCCCAGGAGCUACCGCCAGCAGUACAGACUAACCGAAGGGCAGACUUGGCUGUUCAUACACAGGUCCCCGAUGUUUCUGAGCCGAUAUUCAGCGCCCUUGUACCUCCUUCGCCGCUUAAGGACAAACCUGCACUACUACUAAAACCUGCGAUAGGAAGGAAGCCCCCGCCAGUGUUAGAACCUUUAGCAUCGUCGCUUGAUACUAUUUCCGAUUCUCAGGUAUCGACAAGGCCUUCCGCCUCACCUACAAGCCACUCUGGUGUGCCUACCGAAGUAAGAGAAAAAUCACCACCCUCACCACGCCAUACUCGUAUUCCAAGCACUGGAAAUCGAGCUACGGUUAUGGACGUCGCCCAAGCUUUCCAUGAACUUGUUCAUCACGAGUCUGCAAUGACUGAAACAUCGGUAUCGGUAAUACCACAAGCUUCAGUCCAAGAACAUAACCAGAGCCGCUCGCCUGAGAACGACGAAGAACUUAAAUCUCUCGCUGCCAGUUUGGGACAACGGAAUGGCUGCGCACGUCCUGCCAUCCAUGCGGAGAAGCGCAAGUCAAGCUAUGACAGAUAUUCUGCAAUCACGAUGCCGCCUGUGGAGGAAGAGAAGACGCCAGUUCCCUCACCCGCUAACACAAUGUCGCGAAGUGCUGUCCAGCCUGCGCCUGAACGAAACCAGGAGAAACCAGAUGAACAGUCCUCGCAGAACGAAACUGGCAUAGUGUCUGUUUCUCCGGUCGGACCCCCAGUUCCUGGCCUUUCGUAUGAGAUGAAGCCAUUCGCCACUGAGAACAAGUUCAUCCAUAUAGAACAUGCACAAGAUGCCAUUCCGUCGGUCGAUCUUGAUGCUCUUCUGAACAACUGGCGAAUGCCGUCGACGGAAGACGGGGACUUGCAACCGAUUUCCGUCGACGUUAUGUCUGUCAUCGGGAACACUGCCACUCCCAUCGCACGCGACACGUAUAUAUUCUAUGACAACGACUUAUUGACAGUGGUCUACCGUGCAAAGGUUCGAUCUUCUGGCCUCGUGUCAACGAAAGUAUGGGCAUGGCGUGGCAAGCACUGUGUGGUGGGCGAGAGGGAAGAAAGAAAACUGCAAGAACUGGCAAGGCGGUAUGGAACAUCUCCGAUCACUGUGCACCAAUACUGCGAACCUAUGGAUUUCGUAUCUGUGCUAGGUGGCAAGUUUGUCACGCGUCAAGGAGCCCGAACGCACUGGACCGCAGAGAACACUGCAAUGCAUGUGGUUCGCUCCAUUGGCGAGGCGAUCUAUAUUGACGAACUCGAAUUUGGCAUCCGGAAUCUCUGCUCAGGUUUCAGUUAUUGUCUAUCAUUACUGGACACGUUCUACGUUUGGUACGGCUUCGGCUCCGUAGAGAGCGAGCGCCGCGCAGCUCUCGAGUAUGCGCAAAGUCUUGCGUCGCAAUCUUCCAAUUUGAUGGAGCUGACAGAAGGCGAAUCUGAUAAUGAUGAAAUGUUUUGGAUGAUCCUCGGCGAAGGGGAGUACGCCAAGGCAGAUUAUUGGAAAUGGAGACCUUCGGCGCCUGCGAUAUAUCCACGCUUAUGGGCCGUGGAUGCAGGCAACGGGAGUGGAGCCAUUUGCGCGAUAUCGUCGUUUUGCUAUGAGGUUGUAGUGCAUGACUCUGUGUUCAUCGUUGACUGUGUAUGGGAGUUAUACGUCCUAGUAGGUAGCGAAGCCCGCGGGAAGCGCCAGGACAUUCGAUUGGCGUUGUCAACCGCACAGGCGAUGUCUACCAAAAUAGCCUCCUCGAGACCGUUUGCGCCAACUGUACAUGUCAUAAUUUUGCCUACCCAGAUACCAACAGAUCUCCGUCUGAAUUUUCGCGACCUUGAUGAAAUGGAGCUGAACUGUGGCAUUAUACCUGAUCACAUGAAUAUUAUCACUGCGAAGGAAGCAGAAGAACACCUUGCGCGAACUGUGUGGGAAAGGACUGCUGUUCAAGAUCCUGCAAUGCUCCCGCUCGGUGUACACUCAUCCAAUAUGAGCUAG